AUGGCCGCACCAGAAGAGAACAGCGAGAACCACAUCGCCUUCAAGGAAGACGGCCACCCAGCCAAACUCCGAUUCACCUCCUUCGGCUCCGCCGCAGACUCCCUCGCCGCCGAACGCGAACUCGCCGAAGAAGCACGCAUCGAAGAGCUCCGCGAAGCCGGCCUCCCCCUCCCACGCACUACCACCAGCAAGAGCAAGAAGAAGCCCGCCCGCAAGUCCGCCAAGCCAGCUCCAUCCGCGGAGGACGCCGGCGAGGGAAGCUCCACCCCCAAGAAGGGCCAGGGUAACCACAACCACGACAUCCCGCCGGUAUGGACCGAUGCCGAGAACCUCGCGCUCCUGAAGCUCGUGAGAGAUGAUCCGGAGAUGACGUUUGUCAAGGUUGCGGACAGGCUGAAUGAGAUUUUCUGGAAGGAUGAUAAGGAGUUCAAGGGCAGGACGAUUAAUGGUGUUCGGCCGCAGUAUAUCAAGCUGAUGGGAGCGAAUCGGACUGCGACGAUUGCGGCUGUGCCGGCGAAGAUCAAGGAGAUUGAGGAGAAGAUGGGCGGUGGCGAGUGA